AUGGCGGACAAACUAGCCCUUCCCCUCCUAUUCCCAACUCCGCCGCCCUCAAAAUCUCUUUUCCCAACACAGAAUCUCCAUAAUCACAAGCACCACCAUUCACACCAGCAGCAGUCGCAGCCGCCGGUGAUGCUACAGACUUCUUCACUAUCAUCAACCCCUGCAACUCCUCAUCUCCAAGAAUUCAUUUCUACCCAAAACUCCAAUUCUCGAGAAACCCGGAGAACAGUAACAAGCCCUGCUUUCAUUACCAGGAGCAAAACUCGAAUUGGCAAGAAUCGUGACCCCAACCGUGGGAAGCCCUGGUCACACUUCCGCCUUUCCCCGCAAGGUCAGAAAGUUCUCGACUCCCUUAACGACCCAUCUUAUCAAGUCUCGGAUUUGGAUGGAGUCUUGGACAGUUUGUUUGAGUAUUACAGAGCUGGGUCGAGUUUGAGUGGCGGUGUUGAUGGUAAAGUUGAUGUUGACGGUUUAUCUAUUGAUGUUCUGGGGGUUAUGAAGGGUUUAGGGUUCCAAAAGAAAUUCGACCUGGCGAUGAGUGUGUUUGAAUGGGUGAGGAGCAGGCAGGGUUACCAGUUAGUUGUCAGUAAUUCUAUGGUGGCUUCAGUUUUUAGAAUGCUUGGUAAAAGUGGGAAAGUUUCGGCGGCAGCUUCUCUGCUGAACAGCUUGCAUAAAGACGGGUUCGAACUUGACGUGUAUGCUUAUACAUCUUUGAUUACUGUUUAUUCUAGUAAUGGCAGGUAUAGAGAUGCUGUGAUGUUAUUUAAUAAGAUGGAGGAAGAAGGUUGCAGGCCCACGUUAAUAACUUAUAAUGUUAUUCUUAACGCGUAUGGGAAAAUGGGCAUGCCUUGGAGUAAGACUAUAGGUCUGGUAGAAGCAAUGAAGAGUGCGGGGAUUCCUCCUGACGAAUACACAUAUAACACUCUCAUAACUUGCUGCCGUCGAGGGACUUUGUAUGAAGAAGCUGCUGAGGUUUUUGAGGAAAUGAAAGCUGCUGGGUUUUCCCCUGAUAAGGUCACUUAUAAUGCCUUGUUGGAUGUUUAUGGGAAGUCUAGGCGGCCAAAGGAGGCUAUGAAGGUAUUGAGUGACAUGGAGAUUAAUGGGUUUUCUCCUAGCAUUGUGACCUACAAUUCAUUGAUAUCAGCUUAUGCAAAAGAUGGGUUAUUGGAUGACGCUAUGGAGCUUAAAUCACAAAUGAUAGAGAAUGAGAUCAUACCGGAUGUUUUUACGUACACUACUCUCCUGUCAGGAUUUGAGAAGGCUGGGAAAGAUGAGUAUGCAAUGAGUAUAUUCAAGGAAAUGAGAGAUAAUGGCUGCAAGCCCAAUAUCUGUACUUUCAACGCACUGAUUAAAAUGCACGGUAACAGGGGUAAUUUUACUGAGAUGAUGAAGGUUUUUGAGGAGAUUAAAGCAUGCAACUGUGCUCCCGAUAUUGUUACUUGGAACACGCUUCUUGCAGUGUUUGGGAACAAUGGAUUGGACUCUGAAGUUUCCGGAGUGUUUAGGGAGAUGAAAAGAGCAGGGUUUGUGCCUGAGAGGGACACCUUCAACACGCUAAUUAGCGCGUACAGCAGAUGUGGUUCUUUUGAACAAGCCAUGACCAUUUACAAGAGAAUGCUUGAAGCAGGAGUUACUCCUGGCCUUUCAUCCUACAAUGCUGUCCUGGCUGCACUUGCCAGGGGUGGGCUUUGGCAACAGUCUGAGAAAAUUCUUUCUGAAAUGAAAGACAGUGGCUGCAGGCCCAAUGAAUUUACAUACAGUUCGUUGCUUCAUGCUUAUGCCAAUGGGAAAGAGAUCGAGCGAAUGCAUGCUCUUGCUGCAGACAUAUAUUCAGGAGCUAUUGAGCCUCAUACUCUUCUCUUGAAGACCCUUGUUUUGGUCAAUAGUAAGAGUGACCUUCUAGUGGAAACUGAGCAUGCUUUCUUGGAGUUGAAGAAGAAAGGAUUUUCACCUGAUAUCAGUACACUGAAUGCCAUGAUUUCUAUAUAUGGGAGGAGACAAAUGGUCGCUAAAGCUGAUGAGAUCUUAACCUUCAUCCAUGACCGUGGGUUCACCCCAAGUUUGGCAACAUACAAUACUUUGAUGUACAUGCACAGCCGCUCUGGAAAUUUUGAGAAGUCGGAAGAAAUAUUAAGAGCAAUUCUUCAGAAAGGACUGAAACCAGAUCUAAUCUCAUACAACACGGUUAUAUUUGCCUAUUGUCGAAAUGGUCGGAUGAAGGAAGCAUCAAGAAUCUUUUCAGAAAUGAAAGAUUCUGCUGGGCUUACUCCGGAUGUGAUCACAUAUAACACGUUCAUUUCAAGGUAUGCAGCUGACUCGAUGUUUGAGGAAGCCAUCAAUGCUCUGCAAUACAUGAUCAAGCAGGGUUGUCAGCCGAAUGACAGUACCUACAACUCUAUUGUUGAUGGCUAUUGUAAGCACAGUCGCCAGGGUGAUGCAACCAUGUUCAUUAGCACUCUUCAAAAGCUUGAUCCACGUGUUACUAGGGAAGAAGAGGGCAGGUUGUCACAACGAAUAGCAAAGAGGUGGCCCUAA